AGAGAUGGAUUACAUCCCUCCACAAGGCCCGCCAAAUAACAGGUCCUAGCCCAAUAAGCUCAGCUAGUUUAGUCGGCUCAGCGGCUAAAGGUGCUGACUCGGCUCCAGAGUACUUUUAGCCGAUCAGAUAAGCCGAUCGAUGAUACUCGGCUUGGAGGGAACAGUUCCAGGGCCUGCAUACUCGGCCUUUGGCGACGAGGCCCAAAAGACAGGGCAAUUAGGGCAUCACCGGCAAGGACACUAUAAAAAGAGAGGAACAUACAACGACAAGAGGACUUUUGGACAAACUACACACUAAGCAGCUAGAUUUAGGGUUUCCCAUUUGAUCACUCAGAUCUUGUUGUUUAGCCCUCUAAUCUUGUCUUCUUACUUUCCCGACAAUCUUGUAAUUCCUUGUCUGAUUCUAAUAAAAACGUCUUUAGUCACCUCAUCUUGAAGUUCAUCUUUCCAUUUAGCUGAAUCUCGUACAAACACUUUUGGCUUUGAAUUAACAUUUUCAAUAGAGUUUCGUAGAAUAGAAUCCCACGUUUUUCUUUAAUAUACUCAACCUGUAAUCUAUACCGUAUCCAUUUUUCGAGAGAUUCUUGAUUUCUAAUCUUAUAUUCACUUUGUUCGCUCAUUGUUUCUAUUCUCACUCAAAGUUUAUUAUACUACAAGUCUACAACAUUUUCUUAAAUAAUCACUAAUUCAAAUUAUUUUCAUCCAAAUUGCUGUGAAGUUGAACGAGUUGUUUAUAACCAAAUAAAGAUAAAGAAACAAAAUCAAAUGAAAAAAUGAGUCAAACCCGCUUGAGACACAAGAGUUUAUUCUAUUCAUAAUUCAUAAUCUCAAGAUUACACAAAAGCCAAGCAAAGAACCCAACAACCCAACCAUCACAACAAAGAACAAUUAAAUCCACUUUCUACAAAACGCCAAUAUGUAUCAAAACGCCCAUCUAGCUUAACAAUAAAUAUGUAUACGUUCACAUAAAGAUAAUUCUCUGUAACUGUGGAGUAAGCCUCAAGGAAUCUCCUCUUCCUUCUCUGGGGACUAUAGAACAAAUCAAUGGAGGUUCAAGAACAAGAUACGCGGAAAAAGCGACCUGAGUUCUCUCCCAUUUUCAUAUUCAUCGUUUUCCUUGGUCUCUUCGCGUUUUUCCUUUGCCUCGCGUCUGAGUUUCAGAAGGCUAAGGGGAAAGAUCUGAAAUGGGAUGGAGAAUCAUGUUAUCUUCCCGAAAGUCAUGCUUUCAAGUUUGGAACCGCUGCUCUGGUUUGUGUUUCAGUUGCUCAGAUCAUUGGAAAUGUUGUGAUCUGUAGAGGUUUCUUGAAAACACACAAAACGGAAUCGACGCCAUUUUGUCUAUUUCUUCUGUUGUUUUCUUGGGUUAAUUUUGCGGUUGCGGUUAUGUUGACGACCGUUGGUGCAAGCAUGAACAGAGAGCAGAUAUACGGCAAAGGGUGGCUAAACGGUGAAUGUUACCUUGUGAAAGACGGUCUGUUCGCAUCAUCGGGCGUUCUGUGCGUUUCAGCACUGGGUGCAGUUCUUGGAGCGUUUGCAUCCAACGUCAAAUCAUCAUCACAGGUUGACACUCAAAACAAAAUUCUUACCCACAAUGUGUAGUAAUUCUCUUUUUUUUUUCUGCCCCUUAUAACUCUGAAAGUUAACUUGAAAACAAAGAAAUACGAUCAGAUAUGACAAUACGAUACUCAUUAGAUCGGUUGUUUAAGUGUUACAUAUGAUUUUUAUGUGUGCCCAUAUCAUUUUUGUCUAUUUUCGCGUUUAUGAUUGUGUUUACAUCAGCAUAUCAUUUUAAUAUAUACUUGUAUAUAUAUAACGACCAGAAGUAGUUUCAAACAUUUUAAUCCGUGUAUUUACGUUUAUAAAUUGCAAAUGCUAUUCGAUAAUUUUUGUUUUGUUUGUUUUUUACAUGUUUUGAACUGACAUUCACACAUGUAGCCUACACACAAGGCUCUAGCGUGAGAAUCCGCGUUUACAAAAAAAAAUGUGCGUUUUCACUUUUGUGGCCAACCGAAACGUGUUUUGGCGAGGACAGUGAAAUAAAGAGAUGUUGACAGUGCGUCUAGUGUGAUGGAGACUGACCAUCUUCUAAUUUAAAUUGAUACCACUAGGCCAAAUGGCCAGUACAUCCAAGGCAACAGAAACACGUCUUGGGAUAUACACGUCCCUACCGCAAUGUAUAAAAGAAAGAAUAAACAGCUAAAUAUCGUUUUCUUGUUCUUUAAGCAA